ACCAAUUCUGACUAAGCCGGAAUUUCCCAUCGUGAAUAUAAGUUUUGAUCAUAAUUCACUCAUAAACAAUUAGGCACUGUGUAUUGUAUUGAAUAUUCGUAUCAAUGAUAAGUUCAAGGUGUUUUAUCCUAGCAAUUUGCAUACAAUGGUGCAUUUUCGCCAACGGUACUGCAAAUGACUUGGAGAAUAAUUCUGCGAAUACGGCACCAAAAAAUGACGUAAACAAAGCAAGAGCGGAUUUUGUAUCUUCAAGCGUUUUGAAUUUUGCACAUGACGUUGGCGUGCUAUUGAAUGAGGAUUUGCAAAUUGGAAAAACCUCAAUUUUUUCACCUGUAAGCAUUAUGUCUUCUAUGGCUUUGUUAAUGUUGGGAUCACGAGGUAAACAUUAUGAAGAUUUAAGACAUGCUUUGCGUUUGGAUGUUCCACCAACGGGGGAUGCCUCUAACGCAUUCCAUGCCGAAUUCGGAGCUAUGAUGCAAGAAAUGCAGGACAAUUCAGUUUCUCUCCAGUUACGUAAUCGCGACAACUGGCGCAACACGAAUGUAGCGUACAGUAUUCGAGAUAAUCCCAAAGUAAGCGAACUAAAUGGGACUGCCGUUAAUAGCAUUAUAAAGGUUGUAAAUGGACUUUUUGUUAAAAAUGGCUACGAAUUGAAUCCGAUGUAUAGGGACGUUAUCAGUUCAGUUUACAAGAGUGACGUAAUUCCAUUGGAUUUCAAUACACCUUUAGCACGUGACUACAUUAAUGAUUGGAUUUACAAAAGUACGUUUGGAAAAAUCGCCGGCAUCAUAACAGACAACAUACCUUCAGAUACUAAUGCAAUAAUCGCAAGCGCAUUGUAUUUUAGAGGCUUUUGGGAAAAUCCCUUUAUUCGAGGCGCUACAGUAAUCGACAAUUUCUAUCCAGACGGCUUGCAAAAUCCUCCAAUAAAAAUAGAAAUGAUGGCUACAGCAGGUGCAUAUCCCUACUACUUUUCAGUUGAGCAUGAUUGCAAAAUAAUCGGCAUACCGUAUAUAAAUAACUUUACCACAAUGUAUGUAAUACAUCCCGACAAUUCGAGUCGUAGUAAAUUACGAAAUCUAUUAAAUAAAUUAGAUUCGGAAGAAAUUGAAUCAAUGAUAUCGAAAAUGGUUUACCAAAACGCCAUAUUUGCAUUGCCGAAAAUGCAUUUCACCCAAAAUAUAAAUAUGAAAUAUGUAUUCCGUGCACUCGGUAUCAAAGAUAUAUUUGCGAAAAAUCGGGGUACUAUUCCGCCUAUAAGAAAUUUAGCUAAUAGAGCGUGGCCACGUGCCAGGCGUAGCGUAACAUUUCCCACUGAUAACCCUGCAAUGGCUGUGCGUGCACCCUAUACUUCGACAGAAGAACUGCUGGAGCAAUGGAGUUUCAAUAGAAAUGCAAGCAAUAAUUUACUAUCGGAUCUAUUCGUGGGGGACAUUGUACACAAAGUUGAUUUUAUGGUUGAUGAAAAAGGAACAGAAGGUGCAGCCGCAACUGUGACUUACCUUAAACGCUCGGGUGGAAACGUUCUAUUUCGCGCUGAAACACCAUUUCUACUAUUAGUUCGCCACGAUCCUACGAAGUUACCGCUAUUUUAUGGCAUCAUUAAUAUUCCUUCACCUAUCUUCAGUUAAAAUUAAAAUUUUGAACAAAUACCUAAGUUUUAAAACCUACAAAACACACAAAAAGUGGGUACGCCCACUGCUGCCAAUUUACUCUACUAAGAGCAUCCAUAUUACUGUUGAUACAACUUUCUCUAUAUUUUUAGGAGUUUUAACACAUCUGAGAUAUAUUUAUAUACAUUUGUAUGUACAAACAAAUGAGCUUGUUAAAUGUAAUAUUUUAUUGCGAACAAAAGUAGAGUUGAACAAAUUUAAAAUAUUUUAACUUUAAGUUGAAGGUAAAUCCAUUUGCCUAAGAACAAGGAAUUUGUUUCUAAAACAACAUGUCUAUAAGUUUAUACAAAUACUAAAUAUCUAAGUGUUGUUCUAUUUUGUUUUGAUACCAUAUUUUUGCUCGACUGAUAUUUGUACGUGUAUACGUAACUACUUUGCUGGAAGGAAGUAAUAUUUUGAAAAGAAAACCUGAAUGUCGAAAAAGCAAGCUUUAAAGUUUUUAAUUUACUAUGCCUCGCUAAAUAAAUAAAUAUAAAUUUUCUUUUAAUGAAA